AUGCAGUCAAGCUGCAAUGCUACUGGCUCAAGUUCUCCUGCUAAGGCAGCAGUAGGAGGAGGAGCAGCUGCUGCUGCAUGCACAACCCGUCCUUCUCAUACGACGAAGCCCGGUUUGGCGCCAGUUGCGGCGGACGAAAUUGACGCCAUUAUUCCGGAUUCCUCAAGCCGCCGCCCAUACCUCUCCCUUGCAAGCCUUCGGCGCCUUUUGGCGGCGAGCGCGGCGGGUGCGACGGAGCGGAUCGAGGGUCUGUUUCCGGCCUUUUCAGGCCUGGUGUACCUAUUCGUCUACCUGCGCGUCCUGGUUCGCCGCACAGCGCGCAUCAUGCUAGCCAGGGUGUUCAGCACCAUCAUUGGGGGGUCGGGGUCCAAGUUGGAGCGCGCUUUGGGAGAUGCGUUCCCGGAGGGGGAGAGGUACUUUGGGCUUGAGAAUUUCGGCAACACGUGCUACUGCAACAGCGUGCUGCAGGCGCUCUACUUCUGUGUACCGUUCCGCGAGCACCUACUGGACUACUACGCCAAGCACAAGCCGGCAAACGAAUCCGAGGAGACGCUCCUCACGUGCCUUGCAGAGCUCUUCAACCAGAUCAACUCGCAGAAGCGCAAGACAGGGGUCAUAGCGCCUCGCCGCUUUGUGCAGCGAGUGAAGAAGCAGAAGGAGCUCUUCCGCAGCUACAUGCACCAGGACGCACGCGAGCUGCUCACCUUCCUGCUCAACGAUCUGGUGGGCGGUCUAGAGAAGGAGGGUGGGGUGUUGUACACUCCACCCACCCAUGCGCCAUCCCUGGGGCCUGACCUGUCCUCCUGUGCCAGGCAGGACACACGCGAGUUUUUGAGUUUCCUUCUCAACGAGCUGGUGGGCGUUCUUGGGAAGAGGGCAGCAGAUGCACGCAUACACUCCACUCACCCUCUUGCCACCCCUGCCCUGUCUGUGCCUCCCCUCCCUCCUUCCGCGCCACCCCUACCCCAACCCCCGUCAGGACGCCCACGAGUCUCACAACUUCCUUCUUAA